GACCUCCAGCCAGGUGUGCGGUCUCCCUCACCCCCCCCCCCCCUCCCCCGGGCCGGGACACCAAGUCGUCUCCCCGGACUCCAGCCAGGUGCUCACCCCCGUCGAGCUCCAGCGGUCUCCCCGAGCUCCACCUGGCGCUGUACCCGUGCUCCAGACAGUCUCUUCCCGAGCUCCAGGCGGUCACUGUCAUGCUGCCCAAAGUAGAGACCGAAUCCCCGGGACUUAUUCGCUCGCAUGGUGGGGAACAGGGACACAUGACUGGAACCAUACACGCCCCACAGUUCAAAAUGAUGGAGUACGGCUAUGAUGAGGACCUGGAUGAGAUCUGCCCCGUGUGCGGAGACAAGGUUUCUGGCUACCACUAUGGCCUGCUCACAUGUGAGAGCUGUAAGGGCUUCUUCAAGCGCACUGUACAGAACAACAAGAGAUACACAUGUAUAGAAAAUCAGAACUGUCAGAUCGACAAAACACAGCGGAAGCGCUGCCCUUACUGUCGCUUCCAGAAGUGUCUCACUGUGGGCAUGAAGCUGGAAGCGGUACGGGCGGACCGCAUGCGAGGAGGACGCAACAAGUUUGGCCCGAUGUACAAGCGUGACCGGGCACUGAAGCAGCAGAAAAAAGCUCUUAUCCGGGCCAAUGGGCUCAAAAUGGAAGCCAUGAGCCAGGCGAUGCAGACAGGGCCCAGGGACCUGACAAUAUCCUCAGCCAUCCAGAACCUCCACUCCACGUCCAAGGGCCUGCCUCUCAGCCACGCUGCCCUGCCCCCUGCAGACUACGACCGAAGUCCGUUCGUUACCUCGCCCGUCAGCAUGGCUAUGCCCCCACACGGGGGGCCACCCGGUUACAGCACCUACGGCCACUUCCAGAGCCGCGCCAUCAAGUCCGAAUACCCAGACCCCUACGGCAGCUCACCCGAGUCGCUGGCCGGCUACCCCUACGUGGACCCCUACCAGAGCGCCUCUCCACCCGGCUUCCCCCACCUCAUCGUGGAGCUGCUGCGGUGUGAACCUGAUGGGCCUCAGGUGCAGGCCAAGAUUCUGGCCCAUCUGCAGCAGGAGCAGGCCAGCCGAGGCCGCCACGAGAGGCUCAACACCUUUGGCCUCAUGUGUAAGAUGGCCGACCAGACGCUCUUUUCCAUCGUCGAGUGGGCGAGGAGCAGCAUAUUCUUCAGGGAGCUCAAGGUGGAUGACCAAAUGAAGCUACUGCAGAACUGUUGGAGUGAACUGUUAAUCCUAGAUCACAUUUUUCGUCAAGUGGUCCACGGAAAAGAAGGCUCUCUCCUCCUUGUUACUGGUCAACAGGUGGACUAUGAAGUCAUCGCCUCCCAGGCCGGGGCCACUCUCAGCAGCCUCCUGAGCCAUGCCCAAGAUAUGGUUUCUAAGCUGCGCUCCCUGCAGUUCGACCAGAGAGAGUACGUCUGCCUCAAGUUCCUGGUGCUUUUCAGCCCCGACGUAAAGAACCUGGAGAACUUCCACCUGGUGGAGAGUGUCCAGGAGCAGGUGAACGCAGCGCUUCUGGACUACACCAUGUGCAGCUACCCCCAGCAGACGGACAGGUUCGGGCAGCUGCUGUUGCGGCUGCCGGAGGUGCGAGCCAUCAGCUUGCAGGCCGAGGAGUACCUGUACUACAAGCACCUGAACGGGGCGGUGCCCUGCAACAACCUGCUUAUAGAGAUGCUGCACGCCAAGCGUGCCUGAGAUCUCCAGCUUCAUCUCCGUCUCCAGCUCCAACCCGCACGAAACCCUCUAGAGGACACGCGCCUUGUCCUCAUCUCUAAAGGAGACGCUGCAGAAGUUGGGUUCUACGACCGCAGCCACCUUGAUAUUUUCCGAGAGGUGCGACGACCAGAUACGUGUAAACCUCGGACCUGUUCAAAAGAAAAAGACUUCACAGACAUGAGCAAAACCAUGACCUCAUGAACAAACAUAUUAGACACUCUUUUUUAAAUUGUCAUCAAAGUGAUAUAAACAGACCGAGGAGAAAAAAACUGAGGAACAAGCAGGCCAGGCAAACUGUGCACUUGGUAAACAUUGUGGCGGGCGUACGUCGUCCAUUCAUGGUCUUUGUCGUAAAGGAGGCCAGCGAUGUAUUUAUUUGACUGAAAUUGUAAACGUUGGUACUGUAAACGAGAGGUUUUUCUGCAGACCGUCCAUGCUGCUGGAGGCUCCCUCAUUGCCCGUGGUCUCUGAUCAACGCACGAGUGUUUGGAGGACACGGGAGAACGAAGGCACCGCGGCCUACGCUGUGAGGUGUCACAGGUGUCUUACCCGUAUUUCACCUAGCCGAGGCUUAUUCAUUGCAGCCCACUGCCAAAAAAUAAAAAUGUACAAAAACAUUUCACAGGGGCAGUAAUUUCCUUCUCUCUGCCAUUCUGAGCUUCUGCUGUGGAAAGAAAAAAUUUCCCUGGUUCUCUAUGCUGUAUCUCAUGAUAGUAAGACAAACCGAUAGUGGGAGCUGGAAUGUUGAGACUUUGUUAAAUAGAAUUAUGGUUGUAUAUAAGUGAUACGCAGAAAAUUUGCUCAAUAAAAAGUCAAACAAAAUUAGUUUCUCUUCCUAUUCUUUCUGCCGUGAGAAACCAAACAAGGUAAGAACUCAGAGGAAGAGAGGAGGAAUUCUGCCUGUGUCCACACUAGACCAAAGCCUGAUGCCCGAUGUAUGUAGUUGAACGAAAACAUCACACACAUCAUCAGUGUUACGCUUCUCUGAUGACAGCUAUUUGAAUCUUGCCUUAUAUCACUUUUAUGCUAGCUAACUGCAGUCGUGAAGCUAAAAUUAAAAUGUAUGGGAUAUGAUAUGUGAAGUAAUAACAUAAAAUUCAAAACACGUAGGUCCUGUACAGCGGUUACGUUGGAAGCGUCCAUCAGUCUGUCCAACCGUGGCAUCGAAAGACGUACACCGAAUAAAUCGCUGCAGUAACCAUUGUUACACUUCAAAAACGGCAUCUUGUUCUUCUCGUUAUGUUCCUAUUUAACAUCCCCAGGAAGAAAUUCUUGUCUCUGAUAUUCCCUGUAUGUACAACACUGCAGGCGGACCUCGCUACACCCAGCGUGCGGUCGCUUUCGCUCGGACUCCCUGCUUCCCUUCGUCCGGUGUGCGUUUAUUCUUUUCAC